AUGGUCGAAAACUCCCAGACAGAUUACUACUACUACUACUACUACUACUACUACUACUACUACUACUACUACUACUACUACUACUACUACUACUACUACUACUACUACUACUACUACUACUACUACUACUACUACUACUACUACUACUACUACUACUACUACUACUACUACUACUACUACUACUACUACUACUACUACUAA